UAAGCAUGCAAGUAACAUUGACUCAAAAUAAAAAUAAAUAAAAAAUGUGGUGACUUUGAAAAUCAAAUAAUGGCAUCAUCGAACAUUAGGAAAUUCUUGGUUGGUCAAGUAGUUGCAAAGGGUUCAGAAAGGAUACCCUCAGUUCAAGUCCGAGUACCAAAAAUGGUCCUAGAUAAAUAUCUGUUAAUGUAUUUUAAUCAUCCUGACCAGUUUUGGGCAGCAGAAACUCCAGAAACACAAAGUAAAGUUGGGGAUAUAGUUAAAAUACAAGAACUUGAAGAAAGAGCUAGUCCAACAAUUACUCAUCAAGUGCAUGAACAUGUGUUUAAAACGGGAGAAAUCAGAGAUCCUGUUACUGGAAAAAGGUGUCGAGGCAUGAAAUACGUAGAUGAAGAAUUCAGGGACUCUGUUCAAUCCAAAAUAGAAAAUGAAUCUGGAAAAUGGUUUUCUUGACAAUUUUUAAUAAAAUAAGAUUAUUAUUAA